UGGUACACAACUAAUACACAGAAUUACGUACAGUAGUUUGACCUCUACAGUGUGAUCUGUGAGUGUCUAGAAGUCAGUGUAUAAAGGUUUACCUCUAAUUAAUACUAUGUUUUGGUCACGACGAAAACUGUCGAUGAGCAGAAAAGGAUCCUGUUGACCCUUCUGAUAAUGUUGACCCUGGGCCAAGAGGAAACAACCUACCUUGCUUAUAUAUAUGUUAUCUCAUAUCCAACGAUCAUCUUCAUUAUCAGUGAAUCAGUGAAUGAAAUAAUUUAAUUUUUUGACGAAACAACAGACAAAAUGUUCUCAAAAUGUUUUGUGUUGAUUAUUAAGAAUGUUGAAAGUGGACGACAAAGACUCACGGAGCUGCACCAUGCAGUGUCUGUGUCAACAUAUAAUACUGUAAGCGAUGUUAUAACGCAACUAGUUUAACAACAACAUUAUGGAGGAGAUAAGUGAGUACAACAUAUGACAGGUCGUAUGUCUCAUAUCUGUUAUAACACUGACUCUGUAGAAAGGAUAUUAAGAGCUUUACAUCACAUAAGCUAUGAGGCACACGUGAUAGUCCGUCGUCACUGUAGAAACUAUGACAAGAAUCGAUAUCACCUUAGCUAUGACACACGUGAUAGCUCGUCGUCACUGUAGAAACCAUGCCAAGAGCGACAUAUCAUAUAAGCUCUGAGGUGUACCUAUUAUACCAUCGGCUCCGUUGAAAGGAUGAAUCAGUUCUGAUAUACCACAGCUGUUAAAUUAUCUGUGACUCCGAGUAGCAUAGGUCUAAGCAGAGGAUGAGUUAAUGUGAUAGAUUUACCUGUGAGGAUGCUACUCCGCCUGGCGCCCAAACUUCGCACCCGAUCCCGAGACGAUUCAAGAGACAUCCUCGACACGCAGCAGGGAGUUCGUGAACCGGACAUACUAAUCCGACUCACAUCUGUAAACAAGCGAAAGCAGACUGAGAUUGUGUACAACUUCAAGACAGGAGUGUAUGAGGUGGUACGUGAGGACGACCCACUACUGCACAUCCUUACACUUCCCUCCCGGAUAGUCCACACCAGUGAGAUGCCACCCAGAAAACACCAACACCGUCCAGUCAUCCUCCAUACUCUCGAUUCAGAGGCAGAGGAAUGUGCCCAGGUGUCGCGGCGAGAGAUGGAGGAGCUGUAUGAUGGUGUUGUGUCUAGGGAGGAGCUGGCCAGGAUAGACUCACAGCCCAACCCUUUCAAUUUCAGCGAGCGAGUCUCACAAACAACCAGACUCACACAGAAGAACUUGGCUAUCCAGACACAGUCUCCCCCAAGCACCACUUUCAGCAUCAACGUGGGUCUGUGGGACAUCUACCAUGCCUACAAAGAGGACUACAUCAAGGUGCUCGACCGAGAACUAGAAAUGGAAAGGGAGAAGGAGAAGGAAAGGGAGAGGGAGAGAGGACCAACUAAACCAAAAAGAACGUUGGAUCCCAUCGUGCUGCCGAGUCCACAGCCCCGUGAGACGUUUGUUAGGGAGUACCUUAACUUACCGGGGCUACCCCUGGCCGCCAGGAUCAUUGAGAGGAUGGUCAAUCAAAACAUCUACGAUGAUAUUUCACAAGAUUUCAAGUACUGGGAGGAUGGAGGAGAUGAGUUCCGGCCGCUGGAGGGGUCGUUGUUGCCGCUGUGGAAGUUCCAUCACGACAAGUCUCGUUCACUCAUUGUCUCUGACGUAUGCUGGAGCCCCAUCUACCCCGACCUCUUCGCCGCUGCUUACACGGCCGGAGACAUCGGCGGACCAGAAGGAACAGGCAUGCUGUGUCUUUACACCCUCAAGAACCCUGCAACACCUGAGAGAGUCUUCCAUACACCCUGCGGCAUCCUCUCCCUCCAGUUUCACCCCAAGCACGGGAGUCUGGUGGCUGCUGGCUGGAGUGACGGAACAGUAGUGACAUACGAUUUUCGCUCCGCCAUCUCUCCAGUCAUCAUCCCCUCCAUCACUACAGCUGGCAAGCAUCUCCUGCCUGUCAUUCAGGUACGGUGGGUCCAAACAGAGCCAGGGGAGGACUUGAGUUUCUUCUCCGUGGCGCUGGACGGCAGGGUGACACAGUGGCACCUCCACGCCUCCGCUCUCUACCAUACAGACAUCCUUGACUUUAACAUCGUCGACCAACUCACCGCAAGCCUGGCUGCACAUGACAGAGAGUUUCUAGAAGGUGUUGCAACAUGUAUUGCAUUCAAACCAGACGACGAGAGCGUGUUGUUGAUGGGUGUGGACACGGGGGUGUUAUUUCAGUGUUGUACCACCUCUGCCACGCACUCCCUCUUCCGCUACCCCGCACACACCUCCCCGGUCCGGAGAGUCACUUGGAACACGCAUCACCGUAGAGUCUUCCUUUCCUGCUCCAUUGAUUGGACUAUCAAGAUCUGGCUACAACAUAGUCGGUCGCCGCUGGUGGUGCUGGACCUGGGAAGUGCCGUGGCAGGGGUGACGUGGUCUCCGUAUAGCAGCAGCGUGUUCGUGGCUGUGACGGACGAGGGACGUGUUCAUGUGUACGACCUCUUCCUACGCAAGUGCCGACCCCUGUGUGUGCAGAGUCUGGUGCAGCGGCGGCGUGUGGCUGCCACCUGUGUCGCCUUCAACCCCUUCCACCCCAUCAUCUUGGUCGGCGGUGAAAAAGGCCACUUGAUAGCCCUGAAGCUCUCACCUAACCUCAGGAAACCACAUAAAGAUGCUAAAGGGGCCGAUGCACAGCAGCUACAAGAAAUAGAACUGUGCAAGAUGGAGCGUCUUAUAGCCACCGCCAACAAGGGUUAAAUUAAGUGGUCAUAUUAAGUUGUUGUGUUCUUAAACCUGCUUGGUGGCGUGCAACUUCCGGUGAGAGUGGGUUAGCUUAUGCUCCGCACGUACAGUUGCACCUAAGGAAGAUAUAUAUAUAUAUAGAGGAACUUUCUACAUUCAAUAAAUGUUCAGCCCCUGACUCCUGUGCCGUCUCUCGAGAAGCUCCCUUUUUCAUAGGAAACUUACAUGGUGAUUUACGAGAACCGAUUUAAUUUUAUCCCCCCUUUUUUUCAACUAUUUGCAGCAUUAAGCUCCCUCAUUAUAAAAAAGGUAUAGUAGUCUAGAAAACGACCUGGUCCUUAGUGAUAACUCUUGUUAUAAGCUACGAUUUGAAUAUACAGGAGUGUAUUUUUGCCCUACUCCUACAGAUUAUUUAUUCAUGAAUAACGAUGUUCCUUAAAAUAGAAAAAAGAAACAACACCAUGUUGUACGUGCAAUAACAUAAAUGAGGUGUUAGAUAAAUAUAUGUAAAGAAAACAUCAAAAGCAAGCUGGCAUGUUGACCCUUGAUGGUUUUUGCAAAACUCCAAAUCUGCGUGAUACAUGGACUAAAAAUGAAAUAUAUAUAUAUAUCAGCAGUACACAACAAAACCGAAUGAUUUGUUUAUCAGUGUUCCAUUGUCGACCACUACGGAGCGUCAGUUCAAGGUUACACAGGUAAAUAACCAAUUGGAAUGGAGAAGAUAUUUUAGUGUUCAGGCACACAAACGUGAUAGUCUCUUCCUGGUCAUGUUGCGUCUCUAACUAAUAUAAGUAAUUCUUUCCUUUAGCCCUGCACUGUUAUUUGCAUUCUUUGUGAAAAAAAUUUAUUAACAAAUUUUGUUAUUCACACCAUGCAUUCAUUCGAGCAUCGCGAUACUUUUGUCUACCUUUAAGAAAGAAAUGAAUUGUCAGGUUUCUGUUAUUCCUGCGUUUUCCACACACACACACCCGUGAUCAUGUUGUUCUGGAGCCAUCAUUGUAUCUGCCACCACCACAAGGACCCAUCCUUUACGCGACGUCACGAACGUAAACAAACAGAUGGUGACACCUGCAGGGGAGCUUGUUCAUUACUAAGGGUCAAUUAGGAGUCUCUACAAGUAGUAGUUCCUCUCUGUAUCUUCCUUGGUUCCACCUGUAUCCCGGCGGCCAUAUUAAUCCAGACGUUGACGAAGGGAAGCAUCAAUCACGAGACACAAUAGGCACACACCUCAAUAAUGAAGUCACGGUGCCAUAAUGAGAGAAAGAGUAUAGCUUCAAUAAGACAUCUACUGAAUGUGUCUACGGAAUACUUAUUCAGUGUUGGUGAAAUUACGAGAAAUAUGCAAACUCAAAUGAGAGGCAGUCAAGGCGGUUCUAAAAUAUUGUUAUUUACAUGCAGUACUUGUAAACACACACUGGAGGACUAUAAAGUAUUUUCAUUUAUACAUACAGACUACCUAAACACUGUCUAUAUUGUCAUCAUCCAAUACGGUGGAAACGCUUGGAAAUGAUUAUUUUAAGUGUGUAGUGUCCAGAUAAUUAUAAACCAUCAAGAGCAUGCCAUAUGCAACAUUCGUCUAAGGUCAUUGUAGACAGCAUUUGCAUCAAACGCAAACUGUUACCUGUGUACAAAAUGAGACAACGGAGGUUUACAAACUUUAGGACAGGACUCCUGACCCAGAUCUGUUGGAUUUACCGGCAGUGAUCUCUGGAAGACCAUUACGUUUGUCUUCUUUUUUCUUUUUUUUUACACAAAUUACUUAGUUAUUUCAUCAAGUUAUGGAAUAUCAUUGUAUAGUUAUAUAUUGUAAAAACUAUAUUUGAAUAAAGUUUUUAAACUUA